UACUUUUUUUUGUUCUAGAAAAACUCGAAAAUAUUAAAACACAUUCAAUUUAUGAAAAAAAAUUUCAAACUAUCUUUUUGUAGACUUAUAAUUACAUUUUUCGGAAGAGAAUCAUGUCAUAAAGUCGAGAUUAUGAUCAUGUUUGUACAUCUCUAAUUGAUGCAUACCUCAUCUGCUCUUUUUUUUUAAAUCUAUUCCAAUCUCUCCUAUCUGAGUUACUUUAGAUUUCUUCUCAAUUUGUUGAAAGUCUUUGAAAAGUUCUUUUUUUUUCAAAGAAGGGAAAUCUGAAAAUCAACUAUAUAUACUAAAUAUGACAAUGUUUUUGUUAUAGACCUGUUUGUAGAAUAACAUUUGAUGAUUCGAUAUGAGCAUAAAGCUAUUUUUUUUUAGACAGUUUUAAAUAGAAACUUCAUAAUCCGUUUACCAUUCAUUAAUUUAAUACAUUUUUUAUUUAUCUAGAGUAUUGCAUGGUCAUUCUCACAAUCUGAUAUAGAACAAUUUCGUACAAAUUUAUUAUCAUGUAAUGAACUUCAAUCAAAAUGUGGUCUUUAUACAAAAUCAAUAUUUCAUCAACAUAUGUCACAAGCACUUCUGUCACUUUUACUUACUGUUUUACUUGUUCGUUCACAUGAAUUAUGUCGUGAUGAUAUUAUAUCAACAUUAUUUUAUAUCUUAACAAAUGAUAAAACAAAUAAUUUCGUUUAUUUUAUUCAUAAUUAUUUAGAGCAAUCAAAUAUAAAAACAGUUUUAAAUGAUAAACAUAAACAUAUAUUAUUAGAAAAUUACAGUCGAAAUGAAACGGAUUUACCAUCAUUUGCACAAAAUCUCAAUAAUUUCAUACAUGACUAUCGACAUUAUAUAACGACGAAUUCACCGUGA